AUGUCCAAACAAGACACCGAAACUGAAACUGGUGUGGUCGCCGCCGAAAACCUUGACCGUGUCGAAGCCCCAGUUACAUGGCGCACUUACGCCAUGUGCGUUUUCGCCUCCUUCGGAGGUAUCUUCUUCGGUUACGAUUCCGGAUACAUUGGUGGUGUUCAGGGUAUGGACUACUUCAUCAAGAUGAUCAGCGGCCCCGAUGCCGACAAGCUUUUGCCUUGGCAAUCAUCUCUUAUCGUCUCUAUUCUCUCAGCCGGUACCUUCUGCGGUGCUCUCAUCGCUGGUGAUCUUGCUGAUUACUUUGGUCGUCGCUUUACCAUCAUUCUUGGUAGCGCUGUCUUUAUUGUUGGUGUCGCCCUCCAAACUGCCUCUGCUGGUCUUGCUCUUCUUGUCGUUGGUCGUACCGUUGCUGGUCUCGGUGUUGGUUUCGUCUCUGCCAUUAUCAUUCUUUACAUGUCUGAAAUUGCUCCCAAGAAGGUCCGUGGUGCCAUCGUCUCUGGCUACCAAUUCUGCAUCACCAUUGGUUUGCUUCUCGCUGCCUGCGUCAGCUACGGCACCGAAAACCUCGAUAACUCUGGCUCUUACCGUAUCCCCAUUGGCUUGCAAAUGCUCUGGGCUUUGAUCCUUGGUGUCGGUCUGAUGUUCCUCCCCGAAUCCCCCCGUUACUUCAUCAAGAAGGGAAAGGUCGAGGAAGCUCGCAAGGCUUUGGGCCGUGUCCGUGGUCAAGACCCCAACUCUCACCACAUCGAGGCUGAAUUGAACGAAAUCCGUGCCAACCACGAAUAUGAAAAGCGCAUGACCCCCGAGACUGGCUACAUUGGCUCCUGGCUCCUCUGCUUCAGCGGCUCCGUCGGUCUCGCUAGCUCCAACGUCCGCAAGACUCUCCUGGGUAUCUCUCUUCAAAUGAUGCAACAAUGGACUGGUGUCAACUUUGUCUUCUACUACUCUACCAUUUUCUUGAAAGGAACUGGCGCCGUCAGCGACCCCUUCCUCAUGUCCCUCAUCUUCACCCUCGUCAACGUGCUCUCCACUCCUUUAUCCUUCUGGCUUGUCGAACGCUUCGGUCGUCGCUCCAUGCUUCUCUGGGGUGCCAUCGGUAUGACUGUCUGUGAAUUCAUUGUCGCUGUCAUCGGUGUCACUGUUGGUUUCAACCACACCCACGUUGUUGAUGAAGUCACCAUCGCCAACAACAUCUCCGCUGUCAACGCCCAGAUUGCUUUCAUUGCCAUCUACAUCUUCUUCUUUGCCACCACCUGGGGUCCCGGUGCCUGGGUUCUUAUUGGUGAAAUCUUCCCUCUUUCCAUCCGUUCCCGUGGUGUCGCCCUUUCCACUGCCUCCAACUGGUUCUGGAACUUCAUCAUCGGUUAUAUCACUCCCUACUUGGUCGGUACCGAAUAUGCCAACAUGCAAUCCAGCGUCUUCUUCCUCUGGGGUGCUCUUUGCGCCGUCUGCAUUGUCUACGCUUACUUCCUUGUUCCCGAAACCAAAGGUCUUACUCUUGAACAGGUUGACCAAAUGUUGGAUGAAGUCUCUCCUCGCAAGUCUGCUGCCUGGAAGCCCACCACCACCUUCGCCAACAUGGAGGAGAAGCAAACUACUGCUUAA